AAAAUAGGUCCAAGAUACACAUACCUUAAACCCCUUUCUGCAGAGCAGCACAGAGCAGGGGCCUAAACCCUAAAAUCUCCGCCGCUACAACAAACUUUCCGGCAGGAUUACUGACUACUAUAAAGUUAUAUAUAUAUAUAUAGAUAUAACAUAGAGCAUGCCCUUUAAAUUCUUUUCAAUAUUACCACACCUUAGAUCCCUCAAGUCAUCAUCUUUCAUGAAGCCCAAUUCCUCAAGAAGAAACAAUGAGGUUUUCACUCGUUUGUUUCCUCAUAAAUUAAAGUAUCAAACUUUUAAAAAACCAACAAAUGGGCUUUCUAAUUUGAUGAUGACGUCAUUGGCCCAAUCAUUUUCAACAAGAAGUGGAGGUGGUGGUGGGUCAAAGAGUUUGAUUGAAGAUGAAGCUGAACUAAGUGAUUGGGUUAGUGAGUUGAAAUCUGAUAGUUUUAAGAAAUCAAGAUUGUAUAGUGAUAGUGAUGAUAAUGGUGGUUAUGGUGAAAAUGAUAGAAAUAGGAACAAAGGGUAUGAUGGGAAAAGGAAAAGAGAGAGUGAAUUUGAUGGUGGUAGAGGAAACCGAGGCUCGGUUAGUCUUCGUGGUGAGGAUUCGAGAAGUUUUAGAGGAAGGAAUGGAGAUAUGGGUGUAAGGGGUGGUAGAGGGGGGAGAGGAGGGAGAUUUGGAGGUGAAUUCGAGAGACGGGGAGACGGGUUUGAUAGAGAUAGGAGUAAGGGAAAUGCAGGUAGUUCUUUUGAUGGCGGGUUUGUGUCGAAAAGGAGAGAUGAUGGUGGACGAGGGGGGCGUGGAAGAGGUGGUAGGAAUAUGGGUAGAGGGAGUUUGAUGGUGUCAGAUGAAAGUGAGAGUGAGGAAGAAGAUGAGGGACAAAGGAAUGUGGUGAGUAAGUUUCGUGAAUUGAUUAGUGAAGACGACCAUGAUGAUGAUGUGAGUGAUGAGAAUGAUGAUGUUGUUGAUGAUGGGAUGUUAAAGAAACCGGCAGUAGUGAGUCCACGUAGAGUUUCGCCUGAUGGAAGUGAAUCAUAUUUAAGUGAAACAAGGUUUGAUCAAUGUGCGGUUUCCCCACUCUCUUUAAAAGCAAUCAAAGAUGCUGGCUACGAUAAGAUGACAGUUGUGCAGGAAGCAACGCUUCCUGUCAUUCUCAAAGGGAAGGACGUGCUGGCUAAGGCUAGAACUGGGACUGGAAAGACUGUUGCAUUUCUGCUUCCAUCGAUCGAAGCUGUUGUGAAAUCACCAGCAGUUGGACGGGAUCAAAAGCGCCCCCCAAUCCUGGUUCUUGUUGUAUGCCCUACUAGAGAGCUUGCAAGUCAAGCUGCCAUGGAGGCUAACAAGUUGAUAAAAUAUCAUCCUUCUGUGGGUGUCCAAGUCGUCAUUGGUGGCACCCGGCUUGGUUUAGAACAAAAACGUAUGCAAGCAAGCCCUUGCCAGAUUCUAGUAGCCACACCGGGACGGCUCAAAGAUCAUAUUGAGAAUACUGCUGGAUUUGCCACUAGGCUAAUGGGCGUUAAGGUUUUGGUUCUUGAUGAAGCCGAUCACUUAUUGGACAUGGGAUUUCGCAAAGACAUUGAGAAGAUAGUAGCAGCUGUCCCAAAACAGAGGCAAACACUUUUAUUUUCAGCCACGGUCUCACCUGAGGUUCGUCAAAUUUGCCACAUUGCUCUAAAAAGGGAUCAUGAAUAUAUCAACACCGUUCAGGAAGGUAGUGAAGAGACGCAUGCACAGGUUCAACAAACGCAUCUGGUUGCUCCGCUGGACAAGCAAUUCUCACUAGUGUAUGCUCUCCUGAAAGAUCAUAUUGCAGAUGAUCCUGACUAUAAGGUUCUUGUGUUUUGUACGACUGCUAUGGUCACAAAACUCGUUGCUGACUUACUUGGUGAGCUCAAGUUGAAUGUCCGAGAAAUCCAUUCCAGGAAGCCACAGAGUUAUAGGACUCGGGUUUCUGAUGAGUUCCGGAAGUCAAAGGGUCUUAUUCUGGUAACUUCUGAUGUCUCUGCACGUGGAGUUGACUAUCCGGAUGUGACACUCGUUAUUCAGAUUGGGGUUCCAGCGGAUAAAGCUCAGUACAUUCAUCGGCUUGGAAGAACUGGACGUAAAGGUAAGGAGGGGCAAGGGAUAUUGUUGCUGGCACCAUGGGAAGAAUUUUUCUUGUCUACCAUUAAAGAUUUACCCAUUUCAAAAGCCGAGCCACCUUUGGUAGAUCCUGACACGAAGAAAAAGGUGGAGAAGGCAUUGUCUAAUGUGGAUAUGAAAAACAAAGAAUCUGCAUACCAGGCAUGGCUUGGGUAUUACAACUCAAACAAGAAAAUCGGCAGCGACAAAUACCGCCUUGUGGAGCUUGCAAAUGAGUUCAGCCGAAGCAUGGGGCUUGACAAUCCACCUGCAAUUCCCAAACUUGUUCUUGGGAAAAUGGGGCUCAAGAAUGUGCCGGGUUUGCGUUCUAAAUGAAACUCAAGAAUGAGUUUUGAGCAGAUCUUGCGAAAUUUUGGUUACUGGCAUAAGCUUCUUAUAAACUUAAACUAUUAGUGCAAAAAGUUGCAAUUUCAUUGUAACUAACUAUAGUAUUUUUCUGAGUAAAUGAAAUAUUGUUUACGCUA